AUGGAGGAUCCGACGACGGGCGGCGACGCUCUCUUCCCUCCCAACUUCGUGACCAUCCGCGACCUCCGGGAGCAGUGGCUCCAGCGGCGGGAGCAGCAGCAGAGGCCGGAGCGGCUCGAGACGUGGCCGCGAUCGCCCCAUGGGAAGCCGCCGCAACAGCGGACUCCGCCCCCGCCGCCGUCGUUCCCGCCUCUACCGGCGCAGAAGGACCGGCGGAAACAGCUGGAACAGGAGCGGCCGCGGCGCCAGGCCGACGUCGGGCGGGAGAGAGUGAAGGGGGCCCGAGGGACGAGUGCGAUUCUGCUAAUCGGUGGGCCGUUCGACGCAAUGCGAGCGUCGAGGAGGGUGGCGGUCGUCGGGCGAUCGGCUCGAACGGACCGGCGAAAGCAGCCGGAACAAGAGCUUCCGCGAGGCGAAACCGAUACCGAGCGCGAGAGAGCGAAAGCGAAACCGACGAACGCGUCCGAUUCUCGACCUUCUCCUGCUAAUUGUUCGGCCGUCCGACGCCAUACCAGCGGCAGGGAGGGGAGUGAUGGUGGUCGCGCGAUCGACUCGAACGGUCCGAAGCCCUCGGAGAAAUCGAGCCGCGGUGAAUGCGCGGGUUUUGGCGCCGACGAGAAAGCGGAUUCGGCCUUGGCGAAGGACCGGCGAAAGCAGCCGGAACAAGAGCUUCCGCGAGGCGAAACCGAUACCGAGCGCGAGAGAGGGAAGGCGAGGCCGAGGAACGCGUCCGAUUCUCGACCUUCUCCUGCUAAUUGUUCGGCCGUCCGACGCCAUACCAGCGGCAAGGAGGGGAGUGAUGUUCGUCGGGCGAUCGACUCGAACGGGCCGAAGCCCUCGGGGAAAUUGAGCCCUGGUGAAUGCGCAGGUUUUGGCGCCGACGAGAAAGCGGAAUCGGCCUCGGUGAAGGACCAGCGAAAACAGCCAGAGCAAGAGCUUCCGCAAGGCGAAACCAAUACCGAGCGCGAGAGAGGGAAGGCGAGGCCGAGGAACGAGUCCGAUUCUCGACCUUCUACUGCUCAAUGUUGGGCCGUUCCAAGCAAUACAAGCGUCAAGGAGGGAACUGGUGUUCGUGAGGCGAUCGACUCGGACGGUCCGAAGUCCUGGCAGAAAUCGAGCCGUGGUAGAUACGCAGGUAUUGGUACUGACGAGAAGGCGGAAUGGGCCCCGGUUGCCGUGGUUUCUGCUGAUGCCGAGAGUGCCGAGCAGGUGAAGAAAACCAAGGAGUCGAAGAAGAAGAGGAAGAACAACCAGAAGGGAAAGGGGAAGUUGAAUAAGGACAUAGUUAGGGCAAAGGAAAUGGGGGCGAAGCCGGAGGAAGGUGAAAUGAACACGCCAGCGGAGGAGGUGAAGAAGGAGAAGUUUCAGCGUGCCAGUUCUGAGGGACAGAAUGUGAUGCUGGAGAGCAAGGAACUGCGAGUGGAGGCAAAGCCGGAGGAAGUUGUAGCGCACAUGACGGCAAAGGAGGCGAAGAAGCUGUUUCAGCCUGCUGGUUCGGAGAGCAAGGAUGACAUGCCGGAGAGCAAUGAAGUAGUGGGAGUGGAGGUUAAGAAUGUUGCUGCGAAUGCUAGUCAUGUGAGGGCAAAAGCUGAGGGUUUGAAUAAAAAAGUAUGGGUCAUUAAUUCAAAGGUGGAGAUCGAGGAAAAAUUGAGGAACAGUAAAAGGAGUGGAUUCCAGUUGGGGAGGCCUAAUCAUGGAGAAGGUAAGGGUUACAGGGGGUUCGUAAGUAAGGAGCAACAAAGGAGAGUGAUAAAGCAGAGUAGUGAUAUGGUUUGGGUUAGGAAAGAAGAUAUAUCUGAUGGUCAUGCUGGUGAAAGUUCGAGCUAA